CAACCGAUCACCACCGCAACCCACUUCCCGACCAUUACAGAACAUUGCUCUACUCCACAGUUAUGUCUGGGCUCCUCAGAACUAUUUCAACCCGCACUGCUCUGGCACUGCGGGGACCCACGAUCACCCAGAGGGCCAGUGUCUUCACCAGACCGGCUAAAGACCCUCUCGGCCCUUCCGAGUCCAUCAUCGGACUGGGCCUGUUCGCACUGGCUAUCCUGGGACCUUCCGGUUGGAUUCUCGCCAACAUUGAGGACUACAAGAAGAAAGAUUAACCUAACAUGAACUCAUGUUAAUGGAUGUUCUGUACAUUCUCUACUUAUUCAAGACCCUCCUGGGACCAUCAUUACUUCAAGAACUCUGUGGAACAAAUCCCCAACCUCCAUGAACUACCUCUCCAUCUCCACUUUACUCUCCUCACUCCUAGUUUACUCUUCAGCCCUUUGGAGAACCGUCUGCAAAUAGAAUGGCUGCACAACAUCUCAAGAAUUGUGAAUUUUAAUUGAACAAGCAGUAUGUUACAAUAAUAAAACAUAAUUCAAC